AUGUUAAGAUUCGCCCGUCAGUUCUCGUCUACUAGACAUGUUCUAAGAGGUCAAAAUUUGACUGAGAAAAUCGUACAAACCUAUGCAGUUGGUUUGGCAGACGGUAAGAAGGUCGCCUCUGGAGAUUAUGUUUCUAUCCAGCCAGCGCACUGUAUGUCGCAUGACAAUUCAUGGCCAGUAGCCUUAAAGUUUAUGGGCCUUGGAGCAUCCAAGGUGAAGGAUCGCAAGCAGAUCGUCAAUACGCUAGAUCAUGACGUUCAAAAUACCUCUGAGACGAACUUGACUAAAUACAAGAACAUAGAGAACUUCGCCAAGAAACAGGGAAUUGAUUUUUACCCGGCAGGCCGCGGUAUUGGUCACCAGAUCAUGAUCGAGGAAGGGUAUGCUUUCCCACUCAACUUAACUGUGGCCUCUGACUCUCAUUCGAAUACUUACGGUGGUAUCGGGUGUCUCGGUACUCCUGUAGUACGUACGGAUGCUGCAGCCAUCUGGGCAACGGGCCAAACUUGGUGGCAGAUUCCUCCAGUAGCUCAAGUGGAACUCAAGGGCGAGUUGCCUCACGGAGUUUCAGGUAAAGACAUCAUUGUAGCCCUGUGUGGUGUGUUUAACAAAGAUCAGGUUCUAAACCACGCUAUCGAGUUUACUGGACAGUCACUGGAGAAAAUUCCUGUUGAUUAUAGACUAACUAUCGCUAACAUGACCACCGAAUGGGGCGCUUUAUCCGGUUUAUUUCCUGUAGAUCAAACUUUGGUUAACUGGUAUAGCGAAAGGCUACAGAAGGUUGGUCCCGACCACCCAAGAAUCAAUCAAAGUCGUAUCGACGAGUUGACGCAGAAAUCUCAUGUUUUGAAAGCUGACGAUGAUGCGGUAUACGCCAAAAAACUGACUAUUGAUCUAAACACUUUGACUCAUUACGUUUCGGGUCCAAACAGUGUCAAGACAUCUGCUACCGUGCAAGAAUUAUCCGAACAAGACAUCAAAGUCAACAAAGCUUACCUAGUGUCUUGUACGAACUCGCGUUUGAGCGAUCUAGAAUCAGCUGCUCAUGUCGUGUGCCCUAGUGGCGAUUUGAACAAAAUCCAUAAAGUUGCGCCAGGUGUGGAAUUCUACGUCGCGGCAGCCUCAUCAGAGGUUGAGAGAGAUGCCAAGGCCUCUGGAGCAUGGGAGAAAUUAAUACGUGCUGGUUGUAAGACCUUACCUGCUGGCUGUGGUCCUUGUAUUGGCUUAGGUACAGGUCUGCUGGAACCAGGCGAAGUUGGCAUUAGCGCCACCAACCGUAACUUCAAGGGUAGAAUGGGUUCUAAGGACGCUCUAGCCUACCUUGCCUCUCCCUCUGUGGUCACUGCCUCUGCCGUUUUAGGUAAAAUAGGAUCCCCAGCUGAGGUACUGGGCCAGAAAGAUCCUGCAUUUAGCGGUGUCCAAGCCUCGGUCGAGGACGUUCCCCAAAAAGCUGCGGAAGCAGCAGUUGCUGAAACGGGUCCAGUUGAGAUGUUAAAAGGGUUCCCAUCGCAAAUAACCGGAGAAUUAGUACUUUGUGACGCCGACAACAUCAAUACUGAUGGUAUCUAUCCAGGCAAAUACACAUAUCAGGACGACGUGUCACGCGAAAAGAUGGCUCAAGUUUGCAUGGAGAACUAUGAUGGGGAAUUUCAGAGCAAGGUCAAUGCUGGUGAUAUCAUUAUCAGCGGUUACAACUUUGGUACCGGAUCAUCAAGAGAACAAGCUGCUACUGCUCUGCUGGCUAAGGGUAUCGACCUCGUGGUGUCGGGAUCGUUCGGUAACAUCUUUUCCAGAAACUCUAUCAACAAUGCGCUUUUGACGCUAGAGAUCCCAACGUUGAUUGACAUGCUCAGAGAGAAAUACAAAGAUAGUCCUAAAGAACUUACCAGAAGAACCGGGUGGUUUUUGAAAUGGGACCUGCCCAACAGUAAAGUCACAGUCACCGAGAAUUCAGCGAAUGGCCCAGUUGUACUAGAGCAAAAGGUGGGCGAACUUGGGAAGAACUUGCAAGAAAUAAUUGUCAAGGGCGGCCUCGAAGGAUGGGUCAAAUCUCAACUGUGA